UGGAACACUGCAUUUCAUGAUACAGUGCAUUAUUUUAGCACCAUCUAAAAAACUUGACGGCAUGGACUUUUUUCCCUUGUUGUUUUACUACUUUUGGCUGGAGGCUCUCAAACUUUGUACACCAAGCGCGGCCUCAACAAAUACCGAGAAAUCAUUCUUCAUGUCCCUCGAUGAUGACCAACAGUAAAAUACAUUGGCGUCGUGGACCUGAAUGUUAACGACGAGGAGAGGAUUAUAAUUUUGUUUUUUUCGUGACUAUUUCUAAAAAGUACAACUCCAAUCAAAAGUUUGGAGACAAAAGUGCAAGACAACUGAAGCUUAGCCAGUGAUUCUCAAAUAUACCACAAGAGGGAGACCAUGUGGCACCAGCAGUACUCGUUUUGUUUCAGCGUGCUUUAAGAAUCACCGCCUAAGGGCCACCUGGUCUAAAGUGCCAAGAUAAUAACCCCAAAUCGACAUGGCGCAGAAUUAAAUUUGGUUUGGGUUACACCACACUGGACUAAUUAGAAGCCCAAGGAAAUGUUUGUUUGACGGAUGACGCAACGAUAAGUUCUUUGGAAUGCUAUUCAAAUCCUCGCGCACCAAGGCGCGUCACUGUCUUUUAUGCUCUUUGGCAUUUGAAUGGAGGUGACGGUUUACAAGAAGGUCCGUUUACCGGCAGACCUGCAAGUCAUUGCACAGCUGCGCUCACGUAAACACCGUUUGCUCUCGUGCUCAUGAAUCCUUUCGCCCACUCUUCCUCUCUAAAACAAACAGCCAUCAAACUAAGAUAAACGCGCACCAAGUUAAAAACGCCAUUGGACGUCUUGUAAUCGAUGCAGAGGAUGACGCAGUGGGAUGCGUUUGUUUUGUCCACUUUUUGGGGGGGGCAGGGGGGGAUACAGGAAACACAAUGCGGUCGACGGUAAAUGAAAUGGCUCGUGACAAAGGAAAAAUAGGGAGACGCUUAGACUCGAUUCAUUUGAAUAAUAGACGGGCACCGAUGUACUAGUCAAGUGCGGGACAGGAACUGUUGCAAAAGAUUCGAUUUAAUUCCUUCCAUCCAUCAAAGCCAAAUGUCAUAGAUUGCAUUCUUUUGAAGGAAUGUCAGAAAUUGUCCAAAUAGCAAACAUUCCAAAGUUUCAUUUCAUUCUGCUUCAGAAAAUGUGGGAGGAAAGAAUGAAAACCCAGUGUGACGUCACUGGCAAUUCGACUUUUUUGAACGCAUUGCAUUAAAGAGAAAGGAAGAAAACAAGGAAGAGGGCCAUAUAUAGUCGGAGAAGUUCCACUGACACUUUAAAUGUCUGAGUCACGAAGACAACCCUCCUUCUCCGGCUCCUUUAUAAACGGCGCCAACUUCUUUCGAAUUAGCACAACGCAACUUGCUUGACAGGAGCCUGAAUAGUUCUUAUUUAAGUUCACUCAUUUUGGCAGGCUUUUUUUCCUUUGGAAUUUAUUUAUUUGUUAUUUUUGUAUUUAUUGUCAUCAUUGUAUUCAUCAGGUACCCGUCUAAAAUAUCUGGAACAUCAUUUUGUUGUUGUCUCCAAAUGUUUUGGUUAGCAAACAAGACUUUGGGGUGUUUUUUCCUCCUGGCAAUCCUCCUUCCUGCCUCUCUGUCUUUCUACCUUGCCGACUCCAACCCACUUUUAGCUUUUCACAGCCAAGUCAGGGAGGGCCAUCUUUACACAGAAAAUCACAGACGAGGGAUGUACCUGCAGAUCAGCCAGGACGGAAGCGUGUCCGGAAGCGACGUGCAGACCCCUUUCAGUGUGCUGCAGUUACAGUCGGUGCAAGCCGGCCACAUCGCCAUCAAAGGUCAGAGGUCGUCUCUGUUUCUGUGCACCGACAGCGGGGGCUCCCUGAGGGGGCAGACGCGCUUCUCAGGGGACGACUGCACCUUCCGAGAGUUACUGCUGGCGGACGGCUACACCCGCUUCCUGUCCGUGUUUCACGGAUUUCCCGUGUCGCUGGCUUCCAGGCGUUCCCCGGACCAGCGCGCCGUGCCCUUCACCCGAUUCCUGCCGCUCAAGGACAGCCUGCCGAGGAUGGCCGCGUCCCAGCCGGCGCCGCUCAGGCUCACCUCCUUCAACUUGGACUCCGAUGACCCGCUGAGAAUGUCUCAGGAUUCCGUGCUCAGUCCUCAGUUCGCAGUGGAAAAGUGAAGGCGACGGGAUGCACUGAACAAUGAAUUGUUUUCAUGGAGAAAAAAAAAAAAUCCAAAAUGUUCGCUUUUGCCGGACUUGAAAUAAGCAGGAAAAUGAAUGCCUCGAUGGGUUAGAAAUCGUGAAGUGUUUGAUUGUAUUGGACCCAUUUUCCAGUUGGAAUGUAAAUAUUAUUUGACUUUAUUUAUUUCAGUGAAUGUGUGCGUUGGAAGUGUGACAGUGUGUUUUUGUCUGAGGAAUAAAGAUUCCACAAUGAGGUGUUUGUACUUCGCAGGGAUUUUGUCAGACUGGAAAACACUUGAAUGAAAAUAAACUAUUUUGGUAAGUUU